UUGUGAAGGCGAUCGUCUCUACCAAUUUUCUUCUCCAAUUUUAAUCAUUUACCAGACUCCUUCUUUGUUUAAUUUUUCUCUUUAUUGCAUGGUUUUCACCACCUAAUCAAUUCUCUUCAUCUUUUUCUUAAGAAAAUCACAAAAGAAUUUGUUUCAUACGCGAACGUGAGUGCAACACCAAAACAGAAUUAUGGUUCUAUGGAUCUAUGUUUAUCCAAAUAUCACUUCCCAUAGUUCUAUCGGAAACACCGCCCGCCAAUGAAACCAUCAUGGAUACAACAUGAAGAAGAAGAUCCAGAGACAAGAGGAAGGAUUAUGAUGUCGGCCAACCAAAUUUUUUUCAAAACUUAUAUUUUGAUGCAAUAUAUUUGGUAUCAUAGUAUUUGUUUGAAAUCAUGAAAUACAUCAACCAAGAAGCAGGCAGUUUCUUUGUGUAUGGCGAUAUCCUUACGAUCAUUAGAAAAUUGUUCAUUCCAAUUAUUAUUUCUUACGGUUGAAUCAAUACACUGGAUUCUGAACCGAAGAAUAUUAAUAGAUCUAAAUUGAAAUGAGACCAAUGUAAUAUAACAAAGAGAACUGAUAUUUCAAUUGCGACAAAGAAUUUAAGUUUGCAAAAAGCUCUCUCAUUGUUUUAGUUAUUUUAUUUGGUAUUUUUCAAUAUUGUAUAUAUAUUUAUAUAAUUUGUUUACAAUCUAAUUAAUAAAUAAAUUUUAGUUGUUAAAAAAGAGAAAAAGAAUCAGUUCGAGUUAAUAUUACGACAAUAUAUAGUAGUACUGACUCAAGAUUAUAAUUAGUCAAACAACUUUCACUUUUCAUUCCUAUUUUAUGUUUUAUUUUUUUUUAAUUACUUAAACAAUUAAAAAGUAUAUAUUUUUUUACGAUGCUCUUUCUUUUCUUUUGUUUUAAAACUGUUCAAUAAAAAGUUUAUUUUUAAAUUCUACCUUUUUUUUUAUCAAACCAUACUUGCAUUAAUCUUAAAUAUGUUUACGCUCCAACAAAGGAGGAUGAUACAAGGAGGCUAUUAACAGCCAAUCAAACAACAACAAUAACAUAAGGGAUAAAAUGACGAUACAAAUCAUAAAAGAGAAUCAUAUGAAAUCGUAUCACAACAAAGUCAUAAGCUUCUUCAAAGAUCGCAUCUAGUGUAACCCGUAGGACCACACACACUGCAUCAUACGCAGAGAGCAUUCGAUGGGAGGAAGAUCCUUGCAAUACCAACGAAACAUGUUCAUCCAAUUCACUCUAUAUAGGAAGAAAUAUUAGGAAAGAAGACUGAUUUAACUGAAGAACAAGCAGGAAACCAUAACCCGCCACAUCCAUAUUUCACGGCUUGAAGAUGACAAUGAACUUCUCUUCCACCUGCCACAGAGAAGAGAGAUACACAAGCCCAACACCAACAUCCGUCAUGGAACCCGUACAAGAACUGCAUACUGCAGACGAUCGCGCCAAGGCGAUAUAAAUGCUCCUAGAGGUCGCAAAGGUAGAACCUAAUGAAACUACAUCCAUCGGUAUAUCACCAACUAAAGUCCUAAACCUCAAUUCCAAUGUCACCCACACAAAUAACUGUCUAGAAUAUUCUAGAUUAACAGAGUAAAAGGAGCUAAGAUGACCCUUAAAAACCUUACACGAAAGAGUGGUAGAGAGGUCGAAACAAGAACUGAUUGAAGGCCAGUCGACACACCCAAACACAAACAUGUAUAUCACAGGAGAAAGAAACCCGUAGGUUAAUGAAGUGUCACUAGCGGACAAAGGGGACCACCACCACCAUUCUUUGUCGCCAUGCUAUAUGGAUGGAAAGAAACCAAAGGAAACACAAUGAGCUUCCAUCCCCAAGUGUGGUCUUGAUUAAGAGAUUGGACAAGAACAUGAGAAACAGAUUCACCAUUUUGCAAAGAAGAGGAGACAAGGAGUUGGCUGGAGGAAUGACAUUUUGGUUUGGCUCUAGAUAGCCUUGAGAUACUCUUGAGUCCAUAGAUUAAAAAGGGAGGAGAAUUUAUAAUUUUCAGCUUUGGUCACACAUGAUGUAAAACAGUUUUUUUUUUCUUUGAAUUAAAUUUAACAUUCAAUUCAAAAAAUAUAUAUAUUUAAUCUGAUAACUCCAUGGUAAAAAAAACUAUAGGAGUUGCCGUUGGCUUGAGUUAACCUUGGGAUCAAAAGUUAGAAUCUAGAAUGCGUAUUCUCCAAGUAACCCUAGGAGGAGGGAGCUUUGCAUCCCAGUGUACGUAAUCCAAAGGAUAUGCAUUCUGUAAAGAAUACUUUUCACAGCAGCAGUCAAAUUCAUAAAGGCUUCGAUCCAUAUCGGAAUCUUAGUUUCAGUUUCGAUAGUUUUUUCUCUUCUCUUCAAGUUGCAAGGGCAAGGCCACAUUUCUCUUCAUUUUCUUGAUAGUUCGGUUGUGUAGAAUCCAUGGGGAAGCCAUUUAAUAAGAAGAUAACUUGGGUGAUCAAGAAUUUCUCCUCUUUGAAAUCUGAUCAAUUCUAUUCUGAUAUAUUCGUGGUCGAUGGCUGUAAAUGGUAUAUUUAUGCCUAUCCCAAGGGAAAAGAUAACGAUCACUUGUCCCUGUUUCUGGAAGUCGGCAAUUAUGAAUCAUUGCCUAUUGGAUGGAGAAGACACGCAAAAUAUUCAUUUACCAUAUCAAACCAACGUUCAGAAAAACUCUCCAGAAAACAUCAAUCACAACAGUGGUUUGAGCAGAAGAGUCCAGGCUGGGGUCGUCUAUCCAUAAUGCCCCUUAACGAGCUCCACGCCAAAGAUGCCGGAUUUCUUGUAAACGGGGAUCUCAAAAUUGUUGUUGAGAUAGAUGUUCUUGAAGUUGUUGGCAGAUUAGAUGUGACAGAGGAAACUUCAACAAUAAUAGAAACAAUGGAUGUUAAUGGGUUUCAGAUUCUUCCUUCACAUGCAGAAUCUGUGAGCCGUAUGUUUGAAAGACACUCGGAGCUUGCAUCUGAGUUCCGUCCAAAGAACCCAAAUCUGAGGACAGCUUACAUAAGUUUUCUACUCAGUCUAAUUGAGACUAUGUGCCAGUCUCCGCAGGAGCUCUCCCAGGAUGAUCUGAGUGAUGCUUAUGGUGCAAUUGGAUUCAUGAGAGAUGCUGGAUUUAAGCUGGAUUGGUUGGAGAAGAAGCUUGAUGAGGUGUCAGAGAAAAAGAAGAAUGAGAAAUCUUUUGAGGCUGGGCUACAAGAAAUGGAGGAAGAAUUGAGGGACUUGAAGCGGAAGUAUUCAGACAUGGAAGCUGUAGUGCAGAAAGAGAAGGUGAAGAUGUCGGCUGCAAAAGCUCCUCUCUCAUUUGAUGAUGUUGUUUAAUGUUGUUGAGAUCUUAAAGCACUUGGGAGUUUGGUUCUGGUUUGUUCCCGAGAGAACUCUUAAAAGAGACGCAUGAUUUGAAAUUUUCACAAUGGUUGCAAAUAUAGCUCUUUUUAAUUAUGUUGAUCAUAGAAUAUACAAUUUCUGUCAAAAAGUUUCAAUA